AUGAGUAAAGAAUCCGCUGCCGCAUUUCAUUCUGUAGUCGACGUAUACGAACGUCAUACCAAAACCCUCCGCCAACUUGCAGAACCAAUUGAUGCGUGGAGCACCAUGUUGGAACAUCUCCUUUGCCUUCGACUUGAUACCGGUACCCUGAAAGCGUGGGAAGACUUCGCUACUACUGCUGAUAACCCAGACUUCAACUGCCUGAUCGACUUUCUACAGAGACGGGCCCGUGUUUUGGAAUCGAUGUCAGUAAACCAUCAAGCCCAGCCUGCACCGCUCUACCAGCCGCCCAUGUUUCGUAAGCCGCCGUUCCAAAAAAUCGUUUCCCAUGCCGCAGCAGAAACAACCCAUCGCCAAUGCCAUGCAUGCGAUCAACAUCACCCACUUUUCCAAUGCCCACAGUUCGAAAAUAUGUCGCUCCCCGAACGAUUAGAUCUCGUGAACUAUGAUCGCCUAUGUCACAAUUGCUUUCGCCAAAAUCAUAUUGCGCAGAAUUGCCAAUCGAAUUUCUCCUGCCGUCACUGCAAGAAACGACACCAUUCUCUGCUGCACCCUGGCUACUAUCCAAUCGAAGAUGAUCUACAGCCUUCCACAUCACACGCACUAGCCCACCCAGUGAACUUCAUUGAAAAGCGAAAUAAUGCAUCGACCGUUCAACGAAGAGCGACGUCCACUAAUGCUGCAACAGUCCAUGCGAAAGAUCAAGCUCCGCUUUCAAACGCAAACGUUUUGCUUUCUACGGUUGUGCUACUGGUCGUCGAUUCUAACGAGUAUUUGUCGCUAGGUCACAUGAGGCUAGUACCUGAAAACGAAAUCGAACCGUCUCUGGUGCACUACCUACCCCAUCAUGCCGUAUUAAAACAGUCAAGUACAACCACAAAGGUUCGUGUGGUAUUCGACGGAUCUGCAAAGACAUCGACCGGAUUUUCUCUAAAUGAUGCCCUGCAAGUUGGUCCUAUCAUUCAGGAUGAACUUCUUACCUUAGUGCUUCGGUUUCGCAAAUACCCCAUAGCGCUUGUAGCGGAUAUCGAAAAAAUGUAUCGCCAAGUGUUAUUGAACCCAGAAGAUGCCCCGCUACAACGCAUACUUUGGCGAUUCGAUUCUCAUGCCCCGAUUUCCACCUACGAAUUGCAAACUGUGACAUAUGGUCUAGCUACAUCGUCAUUCCUGGCCACACGUACCUUACAGCAACUGGCCGCUGACGAAGAAGAUUGUUAUCCACUCGGCGGACCGGCCCUACGCAAGGGGUUUUAUGUGGAUGACUACAUUGGGGGAGCAGAGACGAAAGAAGAAGCAAUUCAAACUCGCAUCGCACUAGAUGAACUGCUAAGGAAGGGAGGGUUUAUUCUCAGAAAGUGGACAUCAAACAACUCAAACGUUCUCGAAGACCUCGAUCCGUCGCAGAUUGGAACUCAGCCCGCCCUCAAAUUCGACCACCAUGAAACAAUAAAAACGCUAGGAGUUAGCUGGGAACCAGCGACAGAUCAGUUACGGUUUGAUUCCUCUCCCUUUUAUGAAUACGGACCACCCACUAAACGAUCCAUACUGUCGUCCGUAUCCAAACACUUUGACCCUCUUGGUCUUACAGCGCCGGUUAUUAUACGGGCAAAAAUGCUUCUCCAAGAGCUAUGGUUGCAACCUUGCGGAUGGGACGAAGAAGUUUCGGACAAUAUACGCACUAAAUGGGAGAACUAUUAUGCCGAACUUCCAUCACUUUCUUCCUACAGGGUGAACCGGUACGCAUUCUUACCAAAUUCCACCGUCCAACUGCAUACAUUUGCAGAUGCAUCCCAGCAGGCAUAUGGCGCUUGCAUAUAUGCCAGAUCAACUGAUUCCAAAGAAUUAUCAGCUGCUGUUCUCGCGGCCCGUCUACACAAAAAGGUUGCCGCCGCUCUGGAUAUGCUCAUCUCCACAUCUUUCUUUUGGUCCGAUUCCACAGUCACGCUGGAAUGGUUACGCUCCCCUCCAUAUACUUGGAACACUUUCAUCGCGAAUCGAGUGUCCGAGAUACAAACCAGUACCCACGGAUCCCACUGGAACCAUGUAACGGGUAAACAAAACCCUGCGGAUCUCAUCACGAGAGGGAUAAAAGUGAGCGAUUUCCUCAACUGUGACCUUUGGCAUCACGGACCUAAGCGGCUAAAACUACCUGAAGCAGAAUGGCCAGCAAAAACACAGCAUCAGAAAACCCAAGAAGAUAUUCUAGAGCGGCGAAGGAUGGUGGCGGCCGUCCAAAACAAGCCCUGCGUGAAUGAAAUAUUCAAGCGAUUUGCUACUUACAACCGAUUGAUUCGUGUGACAGCAUACUGCCUUCGUUUCAUCGCUGCCUGUCGACGAAAAUUGUUUCCCGAGCAAACGCCAGAAAAUUCCACAACACUCACAGUGCAUGAAAUCACAGCAGCUCGCUUUAAAUUAAUAGCACUAGCCCAAACAGAUGUAUUCGCUGAGGAAAUGAGAGAUCUGGGGAAGGGUUAUGCGAUAUCCAAACGAUCCGACUUACGCCUUUUGAGUCCUUUUGUCGAUCCGGACGGUAUAUUACGUGUCGGGGGCAGAUUAAAACUCUCCGAGCAGCCUUACCUGACUAAGCAUCCAAUCCUAAUUCCCAGUUCCCAUCCAUUCAGACGAUUAGUGGUUCAGCAUUACCAUCUUAAACUGUUGCACGGUGGCGGCCAUUCGGCAAGAAUAUUGGCCAAUUCAAGGACGACGAGUGCAAAGCAGCAGACCGGACAAUUGCCCUUGCAACGAAUCACUCCAAGCCGCCCUUUUUCGGUUACCGGUGUGGACUAUGCCGGUCCAGUAUAUAUCAAGCCAAUACACAAACGAGCGGCACCUACAAAAGCCUACCUCAGCAUUUUUGUUUGUUUCGUGACGAAAGCAGUGCAUAUUGAACUGGUCAGCGAUUUGUCGACCCCCGCUUUCCUCUCUGCACUAAGAAGGUUCAUUGCCCGCCGCGGCUGCCCCACGCAUAUGCACUCCGAUAACGGAAAGAAUUUUGAAGGUGCACGUAACGAACUGCAUGCACUUUACCAGUUACUGCAGAAGAAGAAAAUUACCGGAGAAAUUGCCACACACUGCGCAAACGAAGGAAUCCAAUGGCAUAUGAUCCCUCCGAAGGCUCCACAUUUCGGUGGAUUGUGGGAAGCAGCUGUAAAAGUCGCCAAGAAGCACUUGUAUCGCCAGCUUGGAAAUGCAAUGCUCUCUUUUGAGGAUAUGGCUACGGUGUUGGCUGAAAUCGAAUCAGCAAUGAAUUCGAGACCUCUAAUACUACUCACGGAGGAUCCAAAUGAUCUAACAGUCCUCACACCAGCGCACUUCCUGAUUGGCACUUCACAAUCCGCUCUCCCCGACGCCGACGUCAGCCAGAUGCCGAUCGGCCGUCUUGAUCACUAUCAACGUCUCCAGCAUCGAGCACAACAGUUUUGGUACCAGUGGAAGACCGAAUACCUUCAAGAAAUGCAGAAAAACAACAAACAUAUCGCACCAAACACAGCCCGGCAGAUUGGUAGUGGUCGUCGACGAGUUUCUCGCACCCGUAAAGUGGUCAUUAGCGAGAACCAUCAGACGGCCUUACCCGCGUCGUUGAAUUACGCACCAGCAAGGGAAUCAUUCGCCGACCGAUUACGAAGAUAUGCCUGCUGCCCUAUAAUGAAGAUAGUCGCUGAUUGCCAACGGUGA